AUGCAAGGUUUCCGCUAUCGGCCAGAGAUCCUGCAGGGUGUGCCCGCGGAGCUCGCCCAAUCUUUGAAGCAAUAUGAGGAUUGGUUCCUAGUGGACGCCGACAUAUUAAAGGAGAUCACAGCGCAUUUUGUCGAAGAGCUAGUCAAGGGACUUUCCGUCGACGGCGGUUCCAUUUUCAGUACCAUGUGGACCGGAAUACCAAUGAACGUUACUUGGGUCACCAAACUGCCCAAUGGGUGCGAGAAAGGACAAGUUCUGACGGUCGACAUGGGAGGAACAAGUUUGAGAGUGUGUGAGGUAUGUCUCGGGGCCGGGGAACGGGAGUUUUAUCAAAUCCAGCGGAAGUACAAACUUCCAGAUGAUGCCAAGACGCGCACAACGGACGUGUUCUGGGACUUCAUUGCCGAGAAGUUGGCAUCAUUUCUUGAGGAUCAUCAUGCCGGCAGGAUGCCAAAAAGCCCACUUCCAAUAUCGUUUACCUUUUCAUUCCCGGUGGACCAGAGGUCUAUCCGGAGUGGCAUUCUGCAGCGCUGGACCAAGAACUUCAACGUGCCGGGAGUGGAAGGCAACGAUAUAGUUCCGCAGCUAGAAGCUGCAUUGAAAAGAAAUAACGUUCCAUUGAAAGUGGUUGCCCUGGUCAACGACACAACGGGAACACUCGUUGCAUCACAUUACCGGGAUCCUGAGGUAAAGAUCGGCAGCAUCUUCAGCACGGGCUGCAACGCAGCGUACAUGGAAGAAUGUCGCUUCAUUCCCAAGCUCCGUGACUCAGGGUUGCCAGAGGAUGGAAGUGUAAUCAUUAACACGGAGUAUGGCGCAUUUGAUAAUAAGCGCGCAGUGCUCCCAUUGACACCUCUUGACCAUCAAAUAGACAAGCAAUCUGUCAUACCGGGUACACAGAUUUAUGAAAAGAUGGUUGCGGGGCUGUAUAUAGGCGAAAUGCUGCGCCUGAUCCUGAUCACCUUGCACGAAGACACCUCCUUCCUAUCGAUCGCCGAAAUGGACAUCUCCGAAGGAUCAGUCGAUAUGAAAGAGGAAUUCGAAGAGAAUCUCGGAAUUCGUCCCACGUUGGACGAAUUGAAGACCUGUCGUUAUCUUAUCGGACUCAUCGCGACGCGUGCGGCGCGUCUCUACGCCUGUGGCAUCGCGGCCAUCUGCAAGAAGAAAAACAUGCGCCAGCGUUAUGUUGGGGUGAACAGCUCGAUCUUCAAUAGAUAUGACAUGCUCAAGGGUCGGGCUGCUCAGGCUCUUCGAGAGAUCUUGGAUUGGGCGCCGGGGGAGGCGGACUUGGUCGCGCUCAAAGCGGCGGAGGACGGGUCAGGCGUAGGAGCAGCUUUGGUGGCGAGCUUGACUCUUGAACUCACAGCGUCCUUGUCCUCGUUGGGCAAGGUAUGCUGGAUGCGCCUGGAAUAUGAGGUGAUCCGCUUCACCAUCAUCCCCGAUCAAGGCACGCAAGUGUGGGCAACAAUCCCAGUUGGAACAAUCUUCGAUGACUCAACAUACGAGCUGGAAUCCAACUCCGACGCCAUCAACCUAGAAAUCAACGUCAGCAUACUCAACCGCGCCUUACGCUCAGCAUGGGGCGCAUCAACAUCCCAACUGCGCUUAACAAAGAAAGACAAAGCACCCAUCCUAGCGUUAACAGUCCUGUCUUCCGAAUGGACAGAAGGAAACAUGGCCCUCGCCACAACCGAUGAAGCAGAAGAUCCGGAUAACCCACCCGAGGGCCCAAACGAAACAAUAGGCGAAAGAGGACCACGGGAACGCCAAACAUACAUAACCCAAGAGAUACCCAUUAAGAUCCUCCACGAAGUAGCAGUGGAAGGCCUCCAUGAACCACACUGCCCAGACCCAGAAGUGCACAUCAUCCUCCCAAACCUCUUCCACCUAAAAAGUAUCUCAGACCGCUUCACCAAACUGGCCUCAUCAGAUUCCAAAAGCCGCCAACCAGGAGUGAUGGCAGCCGAUGCACCGGGAAUGCGCACGACCUCAUUUGGUGGCGAGAACGACAGAACAAGCGCGCCGACAUUAUCAACGAACAACGCGCCAAAACUUGAACUAUCAGCUAAUAUGCACGGCUCGCUGCGGCUAUCCAUAGCCACGGAUGAGAUCCGCAUUGCGAGUGUUUGGUCUGAUCUUGUUAACCCGCCGCUGGCGGCUGGGCAGAUGACGCAGGAGGAGAUCUCUCAGCUUCCUAGUGAGCGAAAUCGGAUGCAAGAUGCUGAGGGGGAUGAAGAGGGGUGGGCGAAGGUGCGAAUUGAUGGGAGGGAUUGGAGUCGGGUGCUUAGUAUUGGGCGGCUUAGUCCGAAGGUUGUUGCUUGUUUUAUCAAUGAAAUGGCUCUGGUACUUUAUGUUUAUUUGCCAGGUAGCUGGAAUGGGGAGGAAUCUUGUUUAACAUAUUAUAUCAACUCAUUUACGGCUUGA